GGAAAACAAUUUCGUUUCUCUAUUCCUUCUUAUGUGAAAACAGGUUGGAAGUUAACUCGAAACUGCAGCGAGAAAAGUAGUCUAGGUGUCUGCCUUGGCCGCUCGACUAUUCAGAGAAAGAACAGCCAGAAAACCUCUUCGAGAAGGAUGGCUUUCCUCAGCUGUGUUGUACUUUCACUGAUUAUUCUGAUUGCUGAUGGAUUCAACCUUCACUGUGAACAAGAAAUCAAAGCCGAGGUUGGCAAAGAUGUUUUGAUCACGUGUGAAUUUGGCGGAGAUAUUGGAGGUGAUCAUUUCGUGAUCUGGCAAAGAAGUGAUGAUUUAAUAGUACACAAGAUCAAGCAUGGUAAAGACCAAAUCAAUGAUCAACAUGCCAACUACACCGAGAGAACUGAAAUUUCAAUCAACAAAGAAGGUAUCACUCUUACACUGAAGAAAGUUCGUGUUUGGGAUGAUGGAAUCUACAAGCUCAGCAUUAGCACUGACAAAGGUCUCGGAGACACGAGUGUGACACUGCUUGUUUGGGCCAUCCCAACCAAAGAUCUUGUGAUCACACUGAACCCCGAUAAAAGUGAUGGUUUGAAGCUUACUUGCAGCUCUCAAGGGUGGUAUCCAGAACCCAUUGUUUUUUGGGAAGACAAAUUUGGUAAUGACCUGAAAGAUUCUGAAAUCAAGACCCUGGAACAAGACAGCGAAGGCCUCUAUAGAGUGGAACAUAAUGUGAAAACAGUUCCUGACUACAAGGUUCACUAUAUCUGCCACUUUAAAUCUGAAGUGAUGAAAAGGCGUGUUUCUAUGAGUGGAGUGAUCUCAGAUGGAAGGACCAUUUUCCUUGAAGACAAAAGGGCAGAUUUGUAAACCAGAAGCUGUACUGCUCAAUCUCUUACAGCCACUUUGUGUGUUAAAAGUUUUUUGUACGGCUGAUCUCAGCCCUCUUCUUUUCCUCAUCUACAUGCUCCUGUGGAAAGUGUGGGAAUGUUGUUCAUCUUUGGGCAAUCGCAAAAGUUACAGAAUAAGCAAAGGCAAUGAGACAAAACAUGUUUUCGCAUUUGGUGUAAGCUCAGCUUUGUUUUGGUUUGCAACUAUCAAUGUAUAUAUGUUAUUGUGAUAAGGAACCCGGGACCCAUAUCUCUUUUUAUGAAAGAAACAGACAUCCAAUUAUGGGAAAAUGGAACAUAUAUAAAAGUCAGAUGUUGUUUUUAUCUGGUGUGCAGUGUGGGGAGCAGUAUCUUGAGAGAGUUGUUGCUACCGCUCUGCACCUCAUAUAUGAAAUAAAGCGUUUUUGGAUGUAUACCGCACUAUAAUAAUAAUAAUAAUAAUAAUAAUCCUUGCAUUUGAUAUAGCGCUUUUCACGUCAGGAGGACGUCCCAAAGCGCUUUACAGCACACACUGUAAAGUGAAUUGACUGUAUAUUUGUGGGCAAACGCGGCAGCCAAUUGCGCACAGCAAUGUCCCACAAACAGUCGUAGAUUGAAAAUGACCAAUUUAAUUAUUGUUUUUGGUUUUUUGGAGGGAUUAUUAUUAGGCUCUGUGUGGAGUAAGGAAACUUGCCCAAGGUUUCGCCCUCUGCCUGGAAUUGAACUCAGGUCUCUCACUUGCAAAGCGAGUGCUCUAACCACUGAGCUACAGGACUCAGCACUGACUCUGUGUUGAGUUUUUCAGGUCUUUAAGAGCAAUCGCACAUCGAAAUCUGGAUUUAACACUCCCUCUGCUCUAGGGACCUGGUUCUGACGUGAAAGGUGCUGCCUUGCUGUGCUUCUUUUACUCAUUAGUAUCACUUCCAUUCUGCAUUAACUAAAACAGGUUAUAAUCAAUUUUCUUGAUAGUACUAGUGGAGUGGCUUGUGUUGCUUAUGAACAGCCAGUAUAUGUAAUUCUUUACAUUAUUAUUUCCUUGCAUAACCUUGUAUUGAUUCUUUUCUAGUUCAGUCCUAAAAGCCCCAAAUUUAGCUCAGCUAAACAUUCAUUCAACAAUAUUUUUAACCUUGUCCUCAAUAUUUUUAUCCUUGUGCUUGAACUUAAUAUAAAAUGUAACUUCACAAAAUGUUAAAUUCACCUUUAAAUUGUGGAUCAAUUCUAUGAAAUAGCUUAAAGCUUGUGGUCUAUCAUCCUGAUUCAUAUUUGCUGAAUAAAAUAAAUGUUUUUUGGUUA